AGAAGAAACUAUAGCAUUCCGGACUGGGACUGUCGGUUGCGCUAGUCGUUAGUAGCAUCUGAAUAUACCAAGCCAUGGGGGAGAGUCUGUGCGUUGUUGUGCUCCUUUUGUGUGGGACUCUGAUCCCCUUCGUGACCGCUGGUGAUGACUGUGAGGGAUACUUUGACGCCAAGAGCCAAUACCAAUCCAAGCAGUACUGCGGUACACUCCAGGGGUGCUGUGGAACGUGUCAGAAUAGAUAUUGCUGCAGCAAUGUCUUCAAACAGAUGGGGACGUCUGAACAGAACAGCUGCUUUUUCAGUAGCAGCAGCAGCACGUUCACCAUCUGGCCAUUCAUCGCAAUACCUGUCAUCUUGGUGAUUAUUUUCAUCUCUUGCUGCGUGUGUCCCUGUUGCUGCAUGUACAACAUGUGCCGGAAGCCCAGACCGGUGAUAGCCACGACCUCCCACACCACAGUGGUGAACACCCAGUUCACCCAGCAACCCCAGCAGCCCGUCCAGCCCUACCAGGGUGGCCCCCAGUACCCAGCCUACCAGCCCGUACCCGUCCAGCCUGGGUAUGGGGCUCAGCCUCAACCCGGCUACGGAGGAGGGCAGCCCAUGCCCACAGCACUGGGCUACCAGGGACAGCCCCUCCAGCCAGGACCACCCCCCCCCUACCAAGAGACUGGUUCAGCCUAUCCUCCUGCUAUCCAAGUGCCUUAUAGUCAGGCUGGGUUCAGUCCAGGACAACCAUCUUACCCCUUCCAGCCUCCAGCUCAGCCCGGCUACCCAGCCCAGCAGCCCAGCCACCCAGCCCAAGCUGGCGCGCCUCCCGCUCAGCCUGACUUCCUCUCUGCCCAGCCUGCCUACAACCCUGCCUUCGUGGACUCCCAACCUCCGAAGACUGGCUACUGAGCCAAUUCUCCAUCACUGUCUGACGCAGUUCUCCCUCAUAAUUCUCCAUCACCCACUGACGCAGUUCUCCCUCCCAUUCUCCAUCACCCACUGUCUGACGCAGUUCUCCCUCAUAAUUCUCCAUCACCCACUGACGCAGUUCUCCCUCCCAUUCUCCAUCACCCACUGUCGCAGUUCUCCCUCCCAUUUUCCAUCACCCACUGACGCAGUUCUCCCUCCCAUUCUCCAUCACCCACUGACGCAGUUCUCCCUCCCAUUCUCCAUCACCCACUGACGCAGUUCUCCCUCCCAUUCUCCAUCACCCACUGACGCAGUUCUCCCUCCCAUUCUCCAU